ACUACAAACUGGGUAUAAAUACCGGAUCCCAUUAAACAAUCAAGCAGUCAAACGAAUUUCGAGCAAGUUAAACGUUCUUUUGCAAUUAAAAAACUAUCAAAAUGAAGGCCUCUUUCACUAUUGCCGCUGUGCUUUGCGCCUACUUGCUAGUCCAAUCGGCCGUAGCAUUGCCUUUGUCUGCUGAAUCCAUUGAGAGCUCAGAGGUUGUGCAACAACAACAGCCAGAAGAGCAGAAACAGCCACAAGGACAAGGACAAGGACAUGGAAAUGGACACAAGAAGCAAUUGCCACCAAUUACCAUCGAUGCAGCAAUGCAAGCUUCGGCUCACAUCACCGUGCCAGAGGAAGUUGCCGAAGCUAUUGCCAAGCUGAUGUUCCAAUUGGCACAAGAGCAAGAGCACAAGCAUCAAAUGAACGAACAGCCACAGGAGGAACAACCACAGGCUGAUGAACCCCAAAAGGAUGAGCAACCAGAACAGGGUGAGGAACCCGAGAAGGUUGAACAACCAGAACAAGGUGAGGAACCUGAAAAGGUUGAGCAGCCAGAACAAGGCGAGGAACCCGCAAAGGAUGAGCAGCCAGAACAAGGCGAGGAGCCCGCAAAGGAUGAGCAGCCAGAACAAGGCGAGGAACCCGCAAAGGAUGAGCAGCCAGAACAAGGCGAGGAGCCCGCAAAGGAUGAGCAGCCAGAACAAGGCGAGGAACCCGCAAAGGAUGAGCAGCCAGAACAAGGCGAGGAACCCGCAAAGGUUGAACAACCAGAAGAACCUGUUGAAGCUUAAAGGUUCUCAGUGCAAACAGCGCGGAAAUAACUGUAUAACUGAGAAAUCUUUACUACGUUUUGAAUGUAUUCUGGAAUUUAUCUCAUUCACUCGAAAAAUCGAGAACUAAACGAAAUUAUACAGUAAUUUUUAAAUAAAAUAAUGUUAAUAUUGCAAAAUGUCUAAACUUUUAAUUUGUUUAAACGAACCCUUGACUUGCGUUCUUAAAGUAUCAAAUUCAUAGCGUUUAGUUAAGCUGCUAAUAAAAGUUUAAUUAUGAAUU